AUGUCCUCGUCCCGAAGCGAGGUCAGCGGGACAAAGGCAAUUCCGGGUGCUGACGGCUGGACCGACCAUCGCCUCGUCAUCUUGAAUAUGCGGAUUCACCUUUCAGCCUUGCAGGAGACCACAAGGUAAGCGACCCCCAGGUAAGCUGAAUAUUGCCUUGUUGUCUUUGCCUGUUCACCAUUUCCAUUUCGGCAUCAGGCUAGCUCAACGGCUAGACAACCUUCCAGUCGCUGCCGCCGUCGCCACCGCUGACGAGAACGCCUCCGUGGAGAACCGAUUGUGUCAACUGCCGGGCACAGUCCAGUCGACGGCGCCGGUCGUCCUCGUUCGCACACGCCGCCAACACUCGGACUGGUUCGACGACAACAACGUCGCCAUCAGCAAUCUGCUCGCCGAGAAGAACCGCCUGCGCAAAGUCUACGUUGAUCACCCCACCGAUGACAACAGAGCUACUUUCUACCGUAUUCGUCGCCUUGUACAACAGCGGCUGCGCAAGAUACAGGACGUCUGGACGGUUCGCAAGACUGAGGAGAUCAGAGCAUACGCGGACCGCAACGAAUGGAAGCACUUCUUCGCGAUCAAAGCUGUCUGCGGCCCGCCAGCCGAAGAUACUGCACCUCUUCUCAGUGCCGACGGCAGUACUCUACCCACUGAGAAGACACAAAUUCCACAGAAAUGGGCCGAGCACUUCCGAGGCGUCCUCAACCACCCCUACACCGUCUCCGACAUCGCCACUGCCCGUCUACCACAAGUGGAGACCAACGUCGACCUCGAUCUCCCGCCCUCUCUCGACGAAACGAUCAGGAUCGUGCAGCAGCUCUCCAGCGGGAAAGCGCCCUGGCCGGACGCGAUGCCUGCUGAGAUCUACAAGCACAGUGUCCCCCAACUCAUGGGUCAUCUGAUGGCGCUCUUCCAGGAGAUGUAACAUCAAGGAGAAGUCCCACAGGAUUUCAAGGACGCCACAAUCGUCCAUGUCUAUAAGCGGAAAGGAACCCGCCACCUCUGCGACACCCACCGAGACAUCUCCUUACUGAACAUCGCCGGGAAAAUUUUUGCCCGCAUCCUUCUCAACCGCUCGAAUAACCACCUAGAAGGUCUUCUGACGGAAAGCCAUUGCGGCUUCCGCCGUCAUCGUGAGACAACGGACAUGUUCUUCGUCGCCCACUAACCUCAGGAGAAGUGCCAAGAGAUGCGGACCCACCUGUAUUCUACCUUCGUGGACCUGACGAAAGCCUUUAAUACAGUGAAUCGUGAAGAACUGUGGAAGAUCAUGCAGAAAUUCGGCCGUUCGGAACGAUUCACUUAGAUGGGGCGGUAGCUCCACGAUGGCAUGAUGGCGCGCGUCACGGACAUCGGAGCUGUUUCAGAGGCAUUCGCAUUGGCCAACGGAGUGAAGCAGGGAUGCGUGCUGGCGCCCACCCUCUUCAGUAUUAUGUUCUCUGCCAUGCUGAUGGAUGCCUAACGUGACGAACGCCCCGGGAUCCGCAUCGCCUGCAGGACGGACGACCACCUCCUCAACCACAGGCGGGUGCGCUUUCAGUCGCAUGUAUCCACAACCACCGCCCACGAAUUUCUAUUCGCCGAUGACUGCGCCCUCAACACCACCUCGGAAGGGGAUAUGCAAAGGGCCAUGGAUCUCUUCUCCGCCGCCUGCGAGAACUUCAGUCUGAUCACUAACACGGAGAAGACGGUGGUCAUGCGCCAACCGCCACCCAACACAGCCCACAAUAUGCCGCAAAUCAACGUGAACGAAACCCAACUGCAAGUGGUGGAGAACUUCACGUAUCUCGGCAGCACCCUCUCCCGCAGCACCAAAAUCGACGAUAAAGUGGCCCACCGGAUUUCGAAGGCCAGUCAGGCCUUCGGUCGUCUUCAAAACACAGUUUGGAACCCUCACGGUUUCCAGCUCAGCCCGAAACUGAAGAAGUAUAACGCCGUCAUCCUCCGGACGUUGUUGUAUGGAGCAGAGACUUGGACGGUGUACAUGAAUCAGGCACGCAAACUCAACCACUUCCAUCUCAUUUGUCUUAGCCGAAUACUGAAUCUGAUGUAG